AUGGACGUCUGCGGGCCAAUGCCAGUAGCCUCGGUAGGGGAAAGCCGGUACUUUGCCACGUUCUUGGACUACAGCAAGCUCUCGUUUGUAGUCCCCAUGAAGCAGAAGAGCGAGGUGGCCAAGGUCACUGAGCGUGUGGUGAACUGGUUGGAGCUGCAAUCGGAGAAGAAGCUCAAGUCGGUACGGACGGACCGGAGCAAGGAGUACGUCAACAAGGCCGUUGAAAACGUUUUCGGGGGCAAGGGGACGGUACACGAGAAAACCGCCCCCUAUAGCGCCGAGCAGGAUGGGUCGGCGGAGCGGCUUAACCGGGAUUUGGAGGAGAAGACCCGGGCAAUGCUUGAGGACUCGGGGUUGGCCAGAGAAUUGUGGGCGGAAGCCGUGGUGACGGCCAACUACACCCGGAACCGGACGCCCCCGGACUCGAAGGCGUAUAGGUUGCUCCGGGAUCGUGACGGGAAGUUGAUCAUCUCCCGGGACGUCAUCUUUGACGAGGGGAUCAGCGGGGAUGGGGUUUUCGAGCUUGGCUCCGACCCCAUGGAAGGUUCCCAGACGGCGGAAGGUCACGGCGCACAGGUUCACACGGAGGCCCAUGAGGGGCCAAAAGUUGAAUCUCUGCGCGAGGGCGACGCGGCCGCGCGCGCGCCCGACGACCCGCGGCCGCCGCGCGCGCUUUCGCAGACGGGCCGAAAUGAGGGCAAGUUUGAAACUGUGCGCGAGACUCGGGCAGAGCCGGAAGAGAUUGAGGAGGAUAUCGGGAUGCAAACACCGGCUGCCCAGAGGUACUUUGCGCAUGAGAGACGCGCACCGGGGGAGUGGUACCGCGCUACCUUAGCGGCGGAACUGAAAGCGGGGGAGCACCUCAAAGGGACGGGGGAGCACCCAGAACCGCAGACUUAUCAGGAAGCCGUAGGGGGAGAAGAGAGGGUGAAGCCGGUUCCCAUAAAGCGGGACGCUCUCGGAAAUGUGGAGCGGAACAAGUCCCGACUAGUGGCGAAAGGGUACCUGCAAAAGCAGGGAAUUGACUUUGAGGAAGUCUACGCCCCAGUGAGCAAGCACACGACUUUGCGUGCGCUAUUGGUGGUGGUCGCGGAGCGCGACUUGGAGCUGCACCAGCUAGAUGUCAAGACGGCGUUCCUCAAUGGGGAGCUGGAGGAGGAGAUCUACAUGCAGCAGCCGCGGGGAUACGAGCAAGUAGUAGCCGGGGAGCGGGUCUACCUAGUGGUGUGGGUGGACGACAUCCUAGUGGCGGCUCGGGGAGCGGACCGCAUUGCCAAAGUAAAGGCGCAUUUGGGGGAGAAGUUCGACGUGCGCGACCAGGGGGAGGCGAAAUACUUCCUCGGCAUGGAGCUGACGCGCGAUGGGAGGCGCGCACCCUGA